CCCGCGGCUACGCGAACUUGCUCGCAAACGACGGACGGUAUCUGUCCGCUUCAGAUUCGCACGCGCAAACUUGUUGCCGAAACGACGUCGAACUCAUCGCCGGGGUUUGGUUUCGGAUUCGCGCGUCAGUGAACGAUCUACUGGCUGUUGUCUUCUUCGUUUUGACGUAUGUCUUAAUUUGUCGCGCGAGUAUAAAAACUUGUCCGAUAAAAAUUCAACGAGACAUUCCACAAUUUUCGCGACAGUUUCCCGGGCGUUUAUGUUGUGUCUUGUUUUUUUCAUUCAUGUACGCGUAACUUUCUGCGCAUCAGCGCGACGUCACAUCGCGAACGCCAAUCGUCCGUGACCAUCGGCGACAUUGGAUCGCGAUAAGAGAAACGAAAGAGGAAGGAGGAGGAGGAGUGUUGGCUACGCGAGUGAUUAAUUAUUGUCAUCAUUCUAGUGUUUAAAAAAAUACGCGAUGACGAGCAAGGCUGUUGAUGUGCGCGCGUCUGUCCCGAUGUUCAGCCUCGAGUAAAAACCGCGCGCGCGUCCGAAGAAACGCGUCGUUGGCGCGCUACGUAUCUCGACGAAGUUGAACGUCGCGCAAAAGGGCAUCGAAAUGUCAACUCCGGUGUUGCGUGCGAACAGCGCGGUAAAUCAUUUGUGAUUGCACCGUGAACAGUGAAAGUACGAUCGAACAGUGAAAGUGCGUCAUAAACAAAAAAAACGUGCAUCAUAUUGAAAAAUGCGAUUGUUUGAUUUUAUGCCGCGAGCAACAACGCGAAGUCGAGCGCGAAAAUAAAGUAUAUCAGCCGCGGCAAUUGUUCUCGUUGUGGUGGUGGUUCUGUAAAAAAAAAAAAAGAAACAAUGCCGCAGUACGACGACAGCUUUCUCGACUCGCCGCUGUUUCGGCGGCGAACACGCAGCUACACGGUGCAAAAACAUUUUAUGCAGAAGUCGAAAUCUUUUCACAUCGCGGCCACACCUCUUCUGCUGGCCGUAACCAAUCACGCCAGGACUCUUUCCGGCUCCUUAUCGACCUGGAACUUGAAAGAAGUCGAGGAGCGUUCCAGCGGGAAGGCGCGCGGCGGUAAACUAGCGCGUCGCGCGCGCUCCUUCAAGGAGGACUUCCUGGAAAAGCUCUCCCACAUGCGUUCUCCCGGUAGCGGCAGCGGUGGCGGCGGAAGCAGCGGCAGCGGGACCGGGACAAGGGCCGCAUCACCCUCGUCACCGCGCACGCCGCGCGACAAAAACGCCUCGGGCUGCAACGACACGGCCGCGCUCGACAAGAAUCCCUUGCGCGAUCUACACAUCCACGUGCGACAGGUGCAGCUGGCACUGCUCCACUUCCGGGAUGUCGUGUCAAAGAAGAAGCUCGAGAUGCUGCCCGGGAACGGAACGAUCGUCCUCGAUACCGUUACCACGAUACACAACGCGUUGAAGUCCUACUUGCUCUACGAGAACAGCUCCACGUUAGGAUCCGCCACGAAUCAGGUGUACCAGGCGUUGGCGCAAUUGCUGAAACUCUGCGACGAUGUAUUGCUGCACGGCGAUCAAUCUUCCGCACUGGACACCGAAAACGUAACGCACGUCAUUGGGCUCGUCGAGGAAGCUGUGAAAAAUCUAGUGGCUCUGGCGAACGAGAAAAUCGCCAACAAACAGAAACCCGCGUCUGCUGCAAGUAGCAAUAGAACUUCUGGGUACGGUUCGGAAUUGACGCAAAGAAACUCUCUGCCGGAUAUACCCUUAACGCCGAGAGAACGGCAGAUCUUGGAGCAAACAGCGGCGAGCAGCAGUUUGGUUCGCAGCUCGCACAGUUCCGAGUCGAUUUUACGGGAUUCUAGUCCACCCCCGAAACCCCCGCUGCCUGACAGAACGAAUGUGUGUUUGUCGGAGGAAAACAGUUCGUCCGGCACGCCACCCCCGUUGCCGCCGAAGAGAAGAACGAGGACUCAACAGCUUCUCGACGAAUCGGAGGGUCUACUGGCAUCUAGUCUUGAUAGAGUAUCUCUGCGAAGUCGAUCCCCAGAGGAUUCGUCGUCUCUCCUGAGCGCGUCCGCCGGCAGUCUGGAUUCGGCUCUGAAUCAUUCCCGUGACGAGGACGAGAUUCGAGCUAUAAUGGGACCAAAUGAUGAAUCUUUGAAUGAUAGUAUGGACCUAAGUCUCAUGGCUACUAUUCAAGGGAUGCAAGUUAAUGGUACUUCGAACUGUAAUUGCUGGGACGGUUCUGAAACUAGUAUACCGAGUACUAUGUUGCUAGGCCAGCAAACAUCUCAAGAAAUGCUUAGUCCAUUCACUGGUUUGGAAGGAAAAAUGGAACGACUGUCCACUCAGACGCAGGAAUCGGGUUUUGUUUCUAUGCAUUCUCAACGAAGUUCAUCGCAAAGUUACACCACCGCCUCCAGCAUGACGUCCAAGAGAUCGUCUCAGCAGAGCAGCGUCAGUUACAAUUCCCAAUCGUUUAGCUCGCAGCAACAGUCGUUUUCGCAUACCAAAUUAUCCUCGGACAGUAAUGGCUCUAUUUUUACACAGAAGACGUUGACUAGUUCCAAAAGUACUAUUAGCACGAGUAACACGUCCGGAAAUGGGGACCCGGCCGCAUUAGAGAAACUGGUAAAUGAAAUCGAAUCGGUGUCCACGUCCGAUACUAACGGAGCGCCUCCAGCAUUGCCGGAAAAACGGUCCAAGCGAAGAAAGGAACGACAGCCGUCGCAGUACGACAAUGUGCCAGAAAACGAGCAUUUGUCUACGUGCGCUUUGCACAACAGCAACGGCGACAGCGUAGACGCCAAUAAACCACCUCCUCUGCCUCUGAAGAAGCGACAUAUGUUCCAAUCAGUGGCGUAUUCUGUCAUGGCGUACAUGGAGAUGUUCGGAAACUGUUCGCACAGUAACGAGAACGAUUUCAUCUCCGGUCUCGGCACUCGUCAUUCUAUGGCAGCCUACAAUUCGAUGCAGACAGAAUGGCAGCAGCACGAGAUGUCUCUCACCACAACCCAAUCAUGUUCCUUCAUGACGCACACCGUGACCGCUCUACAUGACAGCUCAAACCUUUCUGGAACUACACCGUUGACUUUAGUGGACACAACAAAUAAUUCUAGUCUGCCCCCGGCGUUACCACCAAAGAGAUCUCGUUCCAUUAAAGCACAAUCCACACCUCCGCCAAUAUCACCAAAACCCACGAUCAGUAUGCAGAAUAUUCAUAAUUCGGAACCCAUUGUGACGUCGACGCCUCUGAAAGCGGAAGAGCCGGUAUUCACGUCCGAAAAGAAAGACGUUACACCUUCCACGCCAGUGAAAUUGAAUAAUAAUGUUAUCAUGGAUUCAGUACUACCAUCGUCUAGACCUGCUAGCAACGCGCUCUCUUCCAUAUCAGUCGAUGAGAACACUCUUGAACUAAGAGAUAUCGAUCAAGACGAUAGCAUUUUAGAUGAAUUAGACAUUAGCAAAUAUCUGGUUCUGAAAAAACCAGACGAAGAAGGUCCAGAUAUACGCGGUGGACAUCCAGAUGCAUUAUUAAUCCACGCCACGAAAGCAAAUAAACACGAUGAAAAAGAAGAUUUCCUAUAUCAAGAAGCGUUUCUAACAACAUAUAGAACCUUCAUGCAACCGUUAGAAUUAAUUCGUAAACUUCAUAGACGUCAUCAACGUUUUUCAUGUUCUCCAGAUGUCGUUAAGCAAAGAGCCGCGCGCGAAGCGUUCUCUUUAUUAGUUAGGGUCGUUAGUGAUUUAACAAUAUCUGAUCUUGAUGACAUUCUGUUGCAAACUCUGAUGGAGUUUGUGCAACAACUGGUGUGCAGCGGCGAUCUCACAAUGGCCAAAGCGUUGCGAGUUAAAAUAUUAGAGAAGCACACUAUCAAACAGUUACAGGCGACACAACCGAUCCUCUCGUCUCUGAGUGUAACAACGAAACAAGCUUCUCUCUUGGAUUUCAAGAGCGAACAGAUCGCGGAACAAAUGACGUUGCUCGACGCCGAUUUGUUCAUGAAAAUCGAAAUCCCGGAAGUGCUGAUCUGGGCGCAGGAGCAGAACGAAGAGAGAAGCCCGAAUCUCACGCGAUUUACCGAACACUUUAACAAGAUGUCGUAUUGGGCGCGAUCGAGAAUCUUGGAACAUCGAUUAGAAAACGAGGCGAAGGACAGAGAGAAAUAUGUCGUGAAGUUCAUCAAGAUAAUGAAGCAUCUUAGAAAGAUUAAUAAUUUCAACAGCUAUCUAGCGUUACUGUCCGCGCUGGACAGUGCACCCAUUAGGAGACUCGAGUGGCAGAAGCACAUUACCGAGGGUCUCAAGGAGUAUUGCGCUCUCAUCGAUAGUUCUAGCAGCUUCCGAGCUUAUAGGCAAGCUCUAGCGGAAACACAACCGCCGUGUAUUCCUUAUAUUGGACUUGUUUUGCAAGAUCUUACAUUUGUGCAUAUUGGAAAUAGCGAUUUGUUACCAGAUGGCACUAUAAAUUUCUCCAAGAGAUGGCAACAAUUUAAUAUUGUUGAAAAUAUGAAGAGAUUUAAGAAGGGCACGUACUCUUUCAAGAAGCACGAGCGCAUCAUAACGUUUUUCAACAACUUCAGCGAUUUCCUCUGUGAGGAGGCGAUGUGGCAGAUAUCCGAGAGCAUCAAACCACGUGGUGGCAAGAAAGCGCAGCCGCAAAACUAGAAUAUACCUAACCCUUUCACUGCCUGCGUCGCGAAAUCGAAAGGCUGAUGAAACAGUGAAUCAGAAGGAAUUUAUAUUUAUGUAGGUAUAUAUACUCUUUCUUUGCGGAAAAAGAAAUUUUAAGAACAAAAGAAAUUUUCUUCUCUACAACGCUCUAAGAGCGGUGAAAGGGUUAGAGUGAGUCUAUCCCGUUUCAACAGCCUCUGUGAGGUUGUCUUAAUCAGAUUAUUAAAUCUUCAUGAAAACAUUUUUAAGUUCACGCAGACGCAUGAACCUCCGGUAUCUCAAAGUAGUUGUAAAACAGAAACCCGACGUAUACGCGCUCUGUUUAUCUUACCAAGUAAUCUCAUUUACAUAUUAAGCAUCAAUUACAACAAAGAUCGAAAUGCGAAACUCGAAUCUGUCGGAGAAAAAACCACUUUGAGAGACGCAGUGGACAAAGAACUACUUAAUCUGUCCGUAUGCAUUUUUGGUAGUCCGUUUUGUUUUGUUCACUGUGCGAAUCGACGAUUAUAUUCGUAUUGUGCUUUGUUGAGAAGAUAGGCAAAUAUCAUACUUACAACCGCGUGUAUAACAAUGUUUGUCGUAUAAUAUUGAUGAUGAAGAAAACCCCCGAUCUUCUUCAGCUGUUUCUAGGUAAACAUUUCAAAUCUUUGCACUCCGAGCGUAUUUGUGGUGCAUAUAUGAGUGAGGUGUCCCCGUAGCGGAGCCAACGGAGUGCAAGGGAAUUAAGAUCGACUUAUUUAUUUGCCUUUGCUAGCGAAUUGUAUAAAGUAGUAUGUGUGCGUAUUUUCUUCUGAUUUCGUUUUAAUUUAUUUAGA